AUGGGGAUUUUUUCUUCAGAUCCAGAACGCAGCACUUCAGAGAUACUCAACACUCAAGAAUCCAAACCGAGCAAUGUGAUUGGCUCAUCAGUUCUUGACCGUGAUUCUGCUGCUGUUGAGACUCCUACCUCAGCAUCAUCUCUUCUUCACAGUUCGUCACCAGUCAGAUUCGGAACAUUAACUCCUCCGGCUCCUUCUGCCACCACAACAUCCGCAUUUGGGUCAACAAAAGCUCCUACCUUUGGCUCUUGUGGAUUCGCUGCUCCCACAACAUCUACAUAUUGGUCAAUUCAAGCUUCUGCUUUUGAUUCUAAUGCGUUUUCUGCUCCCACGCCAUCUAUAUUCGCGUCAACAGAACCUCCUGCUUUUGGUUCUAGUCCCUUUGCUGCUCCCACAACAUCUCCAUUCGGGUCAGCAAAAGCUUCUCCUUUUGGUUCUGGUCCAUUUGAUGCUCCCACACCAUCUCCAUUCGGCUCAACUACAUUUGUGUCAGCAAAAGCUUCUCCUUUUGGAUCUAAUCCAUUUGCUGCUCCUAUUUCUGGUGCCACUCCCACAUCCUCAACUUCAUAUACAUUUCACGGUUCUUCACUUUUCGGAUCCGUUCCUGCUGUUACAUCGGUUACUUCUGCACCAACGCAACCUCUUGCCCCAACCUCUUUCGGUCAUAGUGCAUUUUCUGUCCCCAAAGGAUCUAGGUUCGAGUCAAGGCCAGCUCCUGUCCAAACUAGUGCAUCAUUUAGCUUCGGGCCAGCGCAAUAUUGUGGCAAGAAUGCUUCUGGUAAUGGAUGGAGUAGUCAACACGGCACUGAACAAAGUAGUAAGCAUCCUCCUCGUUAUGCGCCUACACUUGAUGGAGAAGGAGGCAUAUAUGUCUCUGUUUCUGCCACCAACUCUCAUCCACAUAAGAGCCAUGAAGAGUUAAGGUGGGAAGAUUACAAGAGAGGAAACAAAGGUGUCUCUUCACCAGCAUCAUUCAGCUUCGGGCCAGCGCAAGAUUGUGGCAAGACUGCUUCUGGUUCCAAAGUUUUUGCAUCUAAUGGAUGGAGUAGUCGUCACGGCACUGAUGGAGAAGAGAUAUAUGUCUCUGUUUCUGCCACCAACGCUUAUCCACAUAAGAGCCAUGAAGAAUUAAGGUGGGAAGAUUACCAGAAAGGAAACAAAGGUUCAGGUGUUUCUUCACCAGCAUUUGGAUGCACAGCGUGUGGAGCCAUGAGUAGCUCCUCUGUUUCUGCUUACUUAACCUUUAAUGGUGCCAUGAUUCCUCCAUCAGCUGCUACAUCUCUUUCAGGGUUCUUCUUUUCUACCUCUGGUUCUUGCCCUAUGAUGUUUGGUACGACAAAUCUUGCUGCUCAAGGUACAACAACAACAACUUCAGCACCACUUCAAGCCUAUCCUGUUCAUGGUUUCGUUUUUCUCCCAGCCUCUGCCAUGAAUACGCUGCAGUGA